UUGUGCCAUUCACUCCUUAUUCCAUUUUCUCUUUCAGCUCAGUGACAGAUGGCGAGUCCUUCUCCCCCAGGGGAAGCCAGUCUCUGUGAAUGCGGCCGCAUGUCAAUCACCGGCUCUCAUGUGAUGGCUCUUGCCAAUGACGUGCCAGCCAUAUGGGCCUGGCAUCAGAGCUGGUAUGUAACCCACCCAGUCCUGCCUCUGAGGUGCCACACGGCUCCCUCCACGCGUUUGGACUGGGGAUAGCAGCAGACAGAGCAGGGUGGCAGGAGAGGAGAGAGGUGUGAGAGCAGAACACAGCGCUUUGCCUGCACAAGCAUCCUUGUAGGGCGUGUGGAUGUGAUGCCCACCCGGAGAGAGAUGGUGUAAACAAACCUGCUUUGCCCCGUCACCGAGCUCCACCACGGAGGUUGCUUGCCACAAUGUUGAGCCGUCUGUUCAGCGAGGUGCUGCCGGACGUCCAGAGGCUCGCGGCUGACUGGGUGGAGGACAGUGAGACCGUGGAUUGCAAGGUCAAGGAAGAAGACCACGAGCCGUGUCACCUGGGGGACGAGGACCUGGACGAGCCACAGGAAGGCAGCAGUCGAGCCGAGUCUGAAAUGGCAGGCGAUGAUGAUGACGAUGAUGAGGCCGAGGAAGAGGAGUGUGGUGAUGAAAACAGUGGAGAAAAACCCAAGAAGCGCGGCCCAAAGAAACGCAAGAUGACGCCGGCGCGCGUGGAGCGAUCCAAGAUGCGUCGACAGAAGGCGAACGCGAGGGAGCGCACGCGCAUGCAUGACUUGAAUUCUGCGCUGGACAAUCUGCGUAAAGUGGUGCCGUGUUACUCUAAAACCCAAAAACUCUCAAAGAUAGAGACUCUGAGGCUGGCCAAGAAUUACAUAUUAGCCCUGGGGGAGAUUUUACGCAACGGCAAACGUCCAGAUGUGGUGUCGUACGUGCAGAUGUUGUGUAAAGGCCUGUCCCAGCCCACCACUAACCUGGUGGCAGGCUGUCUGCAGCUCAACACCAGAAACUUCCUGACAGAGCCCUGCUCGGACGGAGCCCGCUUCCACAUGCCCGGCUCUCCUUUCUCCGUCCAUCCGUAUCCCUAUCGGUGUUCCCGCCUCUCUAGUCCCCACUACCAGCCCGGAACCGGAGCCCUGAACCUGCGGAGCCACACCUACGGCUCUGGGUACGAGGCCGUGUAUCCACCGGGUGGGACGUCCCCAGACUACAGCAGCCCGGACUACGAGGGCCAGCACAGUCCACCCGUGUGUCUGAACGGCGGACUGACCGGGAGACAACAGGAGUCGUCUGAGACGGACAGGAACUAUCAUUACUCUAUGCAUUACUCCGGACUGACCGCGUCUCGACCCAGCCACAGCAUACCUUUUGGGCCCUCGGGAGCGCGCAAUGGCGGUGCGCAUUCGGAGAACAUUCCACCUUUCCACGACGUGCAUUUGCACCACGACAGAGCUGCUCCAUAUGAGGAUCUCAAUGCUUUUUUCCAUAAUUAAGCCCUCACAAUCAGGCUUUUUGACCUUCUAAUGACAAUCCUAUUAUGUGUAAUAUUGUUUGGAGAACAAGAGGAUUUUCGGAAAGGAUGGGAGAUUGCAGUGACAGAAAGAAUCCUCUGAUUACCUUCUGUAUUCUACUGAUAUCAUCCCUAUACUGUUGUACAUUCAGUGUGUCCAGUAUUAUCCUGUAUGCAGAAUGAGUGCAAUUGACAUAAACCAUGUAUCGGCCUACAAAAAACAUGUUAUGACUCAAACAACAGAAAUAAAAAAUGUUUUAUAAUUGUCUGA